UUUCUCUCUCUUUCUCUCUCUCUCUCUCACUGUGCCAAAAUCCGAAAGGAGCUGAUGCUGCAGUGACUCACUUCCUGAUGCUUGUCAAAAAUUUAACACUUGCUUCUCUAAAGGGGUUUAAAGUGGGGGGCAAGUGCUUAGGUUUUUCCCUCAAGACCUUUCACACUUGUUCUCUCUUUCGCUCUCGAGCUCGCUUUUAGCUUUUCCAUUUCUCUGCUAGCUUCUCUCUCUUUGGUCCAUUCUCUCUCUCUCUCUCUCUCUCUUAGACACAGAGACAGACAUUGGGUUCUACUCAAGUUGCAGUUUUGAUAUCAGUGGAGACCGAGGUUUUGUGCCCAUUCGUCUCUGUGGUUCAUUCUUGGGAGACCCGUUUGGAGAUAGAGGCAGCAGAGGAGCUUUUUUUCUCAGAGCGUGAGAACUGACAACAAUGGCGGCUCCAAAGGCAGAAGAGAUAAGCCACUUACCGAUGGACCAACUUCAGGGCUUGGAGUAUUGCAUAGAUUCCAACCCUUCUUGGGGGGAAGCAAUAGCUUUGGGCUUUCAGCACUACAUUUUGGCCCUGGGAACAGCAGUGAUGAUCCCUUCGUUUUUGGUUCCUUUGAUGGGAGGCAGUGAUGGUGACAAAGUGAGAGUAGUGCAGACGUUGCUAUUUGUCGAGGGAAUUAAUACGCUCCUUCAGACGCUAUUUGGAACCCGGUUGCCAACGGUUAUAGGAGGUUCUUAUGCGUACAUGGUCCCCAUUAUAUCGAUAAUUCAUGAUUCCAAACUAACAAGAAUUGAGGAUGAUCACUUGAGAUUCCUUAGUACGAUGAGAGCAGUUCAGGGCGCUCUGAUCGUAGCAUCAAGCAUCCAAAUCAUUCUUGGUUACAGUCAGAUGUGGGCAAUAUGUUCCCGGUUCUUCAGCCCGCUAGGUAUGGUACCUGUGAUUGCAUUGGCGGGCUUCGGUCUGUUUGAUCGAGGUUUCCCAGUGGUUGGAAGAUGUGUUGAAAUCGGCAUCCCCAUGUUUAUUUUGUUUAUUGCUUUCUCCCAGUACUUAAAGAAUUUUCAUUUAAGAGGACUGCCUGUACUCGAACGGUUUGCUCUCCUUAUAUCAAUCACCGUGAUAUGGGCAUAUGCACACCUCUUGACGGCAAGUGGUGCGUACAAACAUCAUCCAGAGUUAACUCAAAUCAAUUGCCGGACAGACAGGGCCAACCUGAUAUCCACUGCUCCCUGGAUAAAAGUUCCGUACCCUCUUCAGUGGGGUGCGCCUACAUUUGAUGCUGGACAUGCUUUUGGGAUGAUGGCUGCCGUGCUGGUCUCAUUAAUCGAGUCAACGGGAGCAUACAAGGCUGCAUCUCGUCUGGCUAGUGCGACGCCUCCUCCAGCUCAUGUUCUUAGCCGCGGCAUCGGAUGGCAGGGAAUUGGCAUAUUGCUGGAUGGCAUGUUUGGGACAUUGACGGGUUCAACAGUCUCAGUAGAAAAUGUCGGUCUUCUUGGAAGCACCAGGGUGGGAAGCCGCAGGGUCAUUCAGAUCUCGGCAGGCUUUAUGAUUUUCUUCUCAAUGCUCGGAAAAUUUGGAGCACUUUUUGCUUCAAUACCAUUUACAAUCUUCGCUGCUGUGUACUGCGUUCUAUUUGGUCUUGUCGCCUCUGUGGGGCUGUCAUUUUUGCAGUUCACAAACAUGAAUUCGAUGCGGAAUCUCUUCAUUGUGGGCGUUUCGCUCUUCUUAGGCUUGUCUGUUCCCGAGUACUUCAGAGAAUACACAUUAAAGGCCCUCCAUGGUCCUUCUCAUACCAGGGCAAUAUGGUUCAAUGAUUUCUUGAACACUAUCUUCUUCUCGUCCCCAACGGUCGCGCUGAUUGUGGCCGUGUUCUUGGACAACACUCUAGACUACAAGGACAGCGCCAAAGACCGGGGGAUGCCGUGGUGGGCCAAGUUCCGGACGUUCAAAGGAGACAGCCGGAAUGAGGAGUUCUACACCCUUCCCUUCAACCUCAACCGUUUCUUCCCGCCGUCGUGAAGUAAAUGUGCUCCGCGGUUGCGGAUGAAUUUGUACGAGGAAAAGCAUCAUUUCCGGAGGGUAGUGAGGAUUGUGUGGUGUGAGCUAAGUUAAAGAAGGUGUGACGAUGGAAUGGACGAGGAAAAGCAUCAUUUCUCUGCCAUUGAACUUUGCUAUAUAUGUGUUUAACCCAGCUUGUAUAUGGGUUUAAUGCAAUAAAUUUGUUUAUUUUUUUUCCCUCCUUUUCUGCUGUCUCAAUUCUUGGCACACAACAGGAAAGAUCUGCAUCGAAAUGAAGUGAUUGUUUGAAACGUUAACAAUAGAAAUUCCUUUGGUUC